AUGACCACCACUACGACGACAGUUCCGUUGAAGAAAGCGAUCGAGGAGCAGGUGCAAGAUCCCAACGCGACUCCAAGAAAACGAGGUCGCCCGAGAAAAACAAACGGCACGCCAUUACCAAGCGCAGGAAUCAAAAGGAAAGGAACACCGAUUGCGGGGAGCCCUCGAACACGGCGGCGCACAUCAAAGGAUGUAGACACAACAGAAACUAUUGCGCAGCCUACGCCAGGCACGAAACGAAGGGGCCGACCACCAAAGAACCGAUCUAUCGACUUGGGAAGUACAAAAACGCCAGGAAAAGCUUCGAUAUUGGAAAGCGCUCAACCAGACGAUGCUUUUCAACCUGAUGAGCUUGCAGAUGCUGGCAAUGUGUCCGAACUUCCUCCUAUACGCGCCGACGAUUCACAAGCCGAUAACGAUGUGACCUUAGUAAUUACACCGUCAGAAGCUGAGGCAAAUCAGUUGCGCGCGAAUCGAACCGCAAACAAUAGCGCGCCUGCGCAAUCAGAACCUGACUCGGAUAUCUGGAUGGCGACACUGGAUGACGAACCAACCCCAAGACCUACAACAAAAGCUGCACCCAGAGCUUCAAGCCCAGAGCAUGGCCGAGAUGGUGGUUCAUCGGAUUUAGGAGAUUAUGGUUAUGGACCUGCUGGGAGUGAUGUUUCCUCGGCAGACGAGCCUCGGAGUGACACCCGACCUGAAGCCGAUGAUACUGUCGCAGCGGGCGAAGACUUUAGUAUGAUCUUUAUGGAUUCAUUACCAUCAUUACAAGCGAGCUUGCGCAGUUCGACGCAACAACAAACCGAAAACGAUAUAGGCGAAGAGACGAGCAUGAUUAUCAACAACACCUUAGAAUCCCUACGACAGUCUUUGCAGGAUCGCGACAGACCUAAGAAGGACCAGGAAACUGCUAGACAGGAGGAUAAGAUCGAAGCACCGAAAGAACCCGCGCCAGAAGAACCUCAACAGGACUUCCGACAAUCAACUAUUCGCCCACCUCAAAAAUUUUCACCCAGCCGUGCUCUGGCUUCCCGAUGGUGGCAGAGCCCUCGGAGAAUGGGUUCUUCACCUUUGCGACACCAGGUGCUGUUAAAAUCGAACGUGCCUGACAACCCCGAAACUACCGAAUACCGUGGAUCUCCCCUUGCAUCCCACCGCCACGACGCACCUCACCUCGAGAACGAAGACUCAAACCUCUACGACGAUUCUUUCUCGGAGAUUCCUGAUGCAGUGCUGAAAGCAGCUACGCCCCGUCGCCCCCGAGCGAGCGCUAAAAAGCUCCGAGUAGUCGAGAAACAGGAUAUUCAAAUGGAAGACGCACAGCCCACUCAACUCGAAGAUGAGCCAGAAGCACAAGAAGAGGCCCCUGAGGAGCAGGACGUCCAGGAGGAACAACAAGAUGAGGCUAACCAGCCAGCAGCCUCCAAUACAAGUGUUGCCUCUCGUUCUGAUAAAGGGCGUCUUCCUACUCCUGACGACACAUCUUCGAAUUUUGAAGUUGAAAGUGAUAACAACCAGAAGACUAGGGCUGGCUCGCGCAAUCCCACAAGGCUUAAUUCAAGCAGAGGCUCUUCACUGAAGAACCCCUCACCUGAGCCUGUAAUCCAAGUUCAAACGUUACCGGAAGCUGCAGAUGAGAUUGUUAAUGAAGUUGUGAUCGAGAAGAGGAAGAGGGACGAUGAGCUUCUGAUAGAUUUCGAUGCUACUGCCCAAGAACCCGACAACCAUUCGGAUGCUGGCCACCACUUGUUGGAUGAACCUGACGAUCACUCUGAUGUAGACGAGCAAGUUUUCGAGCAGACUGUCAUAGGCGACCCUGUCGAGGAGGACGAAGAGGAAGAAGAAGAACCUGAAGUGGUACAGGAGCUACCUAAGAUCGCCAAGCCACGCCAGCCUCGACUGUCUUUGGAAAACGAAGUCCAACAGCCAGAGGUGACACCGAUGAACCAGCUUUCAUCACCUAUUCAAGAACAACAAUCUUUGCCAGAACUCAUGUCCGAGAGGGCCAGGCGUCCUACACUAUCGCCUAUUGUUCGAGCAGGUCGCGCUUUGCAAAGUGUGACAUCAGAUCCUCCAUCGCCUGAGGCUCAUGAUCGCCAUUUGCGAAGCCCCUUCAGGAGCUCUGCUACCAGAGACUUGGGGCCAAGGGAAUCCCAAAUCAUGCGACGCACGAGUGCCAGUCCUGGAAGGUCGCAUGCUUCAAAUGAAGCUGCCCAGAUCCCUCAGGGUAACGAGGCCUAUGAGGAUCCCUUUGGAACCAACACCAGGCACACAGGACAGCCUAGCUUUAUGGAAGCUCUCGAAAGGAGUAGUCGUACUUCCUCGCCUCGCCAUCGACGAACAGUAUCUAGGGAUUCUGCGGCCAGUUCGACGCAUUUCCAGGCCCCCAGUGAGGGCGGCAUGAGCUGGGUGCAGAAUGAAGGCCCUAUCAGCCCUAACCUUCGUGGGGAUAUCCCUCUUGAGGCCUUUGCGCGCUCAACAGUAAGACGCGCCGGCCCAACUGCUUCUCGCGGUCAAGUCGAUGAAGUCAUGGAUGUGACGGAUGAUGAGACUGAAGAUGCGGGUGAUGAUAUAGAUUUGUGGGAGUUUGAGGCGCAAAGGUCAAGUCCUCGAACAACCCGGCAACAACCCGCAAAGAAUAAGCCAGAAUCACCUUACCGCAGACGGGACAAAAUACCAAGCCCUUGGGGUAAACAGGCUGCCAGAGAAACACAACAAGAUGAGAGCAUUGAUCAGAGAACGAUGAGUGAGAUUGAUGAGACCGAAGAUCGCCAAACAGAUGCCAUGGAGAUUACUACUGAAGACCCGCCUCGAGCAGAAGAGCAUUCUCGUCUGAAUAAGAAGCAGGCUGUCAAACAGCCCAAACAAGCUCCUGCCACUGCCAAGGCGAACCGCUUCGAUCUGUCGGCCUUCUUCUCGUCUCCUGGAGUCCUUCCAGGGAGGCUGACCGACAAGCUCUCACCUUUCAAGAUGUCAGUCUCUGGAGCACGGCCUGCUAAGCCUGAACCUGAGCCCGAGACAACACAAACACUACCGACAAGCUCCAUGUUUCCACAGCUGCCUCAGCAAGAGCUCGCGCCUCGAGGCAAGCCAAAGCUUGGUUUUUUCUCUCCCGCCCGCCCUGUUCAACCGGCAGCGAUGCGAGAGCCAUCUGAGCAGUCGGAAGAGGAAACGAAUUCUCAAUCAGAGUCAAGGUCCAACCAAUCUCCUUCAGAUCAGGGCUCAGAGGAAUCCUCAGUACAUGAGGAGCACGGUAUAGCCGUGGAAGCUAUCUCUCAGCAGCCUGAUGAGAGAGAAAGAUCGGAGGAACACGAACAGGAAGAUCCGGAUGAAGAAGGAACUGAAGACGAUGUUGAAGAAUUUCAGCCUUCCGAGAUGCCCUCAGUACCCCAGAAGGCGAACUUUAGUCCUGAACGACGACGACCUAAUCAGUCCUUCUUUAAAGCAUCGACGCGGAAUGCGAUCGCUCAACCAGGACCAGAACCUGAGCCUGAGCCUGAACCAGUUCCUACUACAGGGGAACCUACUCCACCAAGGAUGCAGCUCACCCACGCCGAUAUACACAGAUGGCAGCAGGAAACUUCCAAUGCCAGCGAAGACUCCCCAGAACCAUCCCCAGCUAAACCCGCUCCCCGCCCUGCCCCUCGCCCUAUUCUCAGACCACUACCUCCCAGAAACGCAUCCCCCAUCAAAUCAAGUCUACGCUCUCCUCUCAAACCUCAUACCCCUGGCCGUGUAGUCGAGUUCACGAGCAGCGUCCUCUCUCCUAUAGAACAGGCCAAGGUUCGACAUCAACGUCGACUAUCCAAUUCUUCGGCGGCAUCACAGUCUAGCAACGGCCCCCAGCGACCGCGUAUUAGACCACCACCCGGCCAAACUACCAACAAGGAGAAUCCCACCACCAUCAAGGUCCCUGCGUCUAACGCGGGACCACCUAAGAAACAACCGCGUCCUGCACCACUAUCACAAACUGUCUGGACACGGAAACAUUGGCUUGUGCUCGACGAUCUACUUCAGGAGCGCCGCCAAGGCCCUUUCACUAUCUAUUACGAACGUUGCUCAGACAAAUAUCUUGGAAAGACCGUUGCCAGCCAGGGUGAAGCCAUGACGCUGGAGCGUUGGCACCUGGAUUGUGUCGACGCCUUCAAGGCUCAAGUUGGCGGCUGGGACGAGGGUGCCCUGGCCAAGAGACUAUUCGCUCUUAUCCUGGGCGAGCAGAGGAGAAGUCAAGAGGCUUCUUCUUCUGCUGGACCUAGGCGAGUUAUGUUUCAUUGA